UUGUCUCAACAAAACACCUUUAUAUACUCCAUACUAUAACUAGCUCCAAGCAUAGUCCAUCCAAAAACAUAGUUCAAUAGAUACACAAACACAUCUAAUGGACUUCAAGCUCCAAACCUUGUUGCCAUUUAUAGUGAUCAUUAUCAUUCAGGUUUACCUAUCGCAUUCCAAAUCAAUCGUUAAAAAACUUCCAGGAUAUCCCGGUGAUCUUCCCUUCAAGCUUGAAACCGGAUAUGUUGGGAUAGGGGAAAAAGAAGACGUACAGUUGUUCUAUUAUUUUGUUGAGUCAACUAGAAAUCCUGCACAAGACCCACUCAUAUUCUUUAUUCCUGGCGGUCCUGGGGCUUCUGGUUUAGUUACCUUCUUCUAUGAAAUUGGUCCAAUUACAAUUAAAUGGGAGAAUGGCAUAGAAGAUGUCUAUUUAGAACUAAAUCCAAAUGCAUGGACUAAGAUCGCCAAUAUAAUUUUCAUCGAUAUACCUGCCGGAAGUGGUUUUUCAUAUGCUAAAACCAAAAAAGGAUGGAUAAGCAGUGAUAGUAUCCUAGCUUCCCAAGCUAAUGAAUUUAUUAAAAAGUUUUUGAUAGACCAUCCUAAAUUUUUGAGAAGUCCAUUAUACAUAGCGGGAAGUUCUUACAUUGGCAUUGUCGUUCCAAAAGUCACUUUAGACUUAUAUGAAGGUAACGAACACGGCGAUCAACCUACAAUAAAUAUUCAAGGGUACAUUCUUGUCAGUCCUUUAACUCAUAAGUUUAAGGAUUUCAAUUCGAGGUUUGAAUAUGCUCAUCGUAUGGCACUCAUCUCAGAUGAUAUAUACAAGACAGGAAUAGCAAAUUGUCAAGGUAAUUAUGUAGAUAUUGUUGAUUCGGCAAACUCGGUCUGUGCGCAUAGUCUUCAAAGUUAUCAAGAGUGCACAAGUCGUAUUAAUUUUGAUAGCAUUUUGGACCCAUUUUGUGAUGCAAGUUAUUCAGCUCUAGAUUGCCAGGGUGAUUUAAAGAAGGCUUUAACUAUGUGGGCAAAUACUGCAGUUGCACAACAAGCUCUCAAUAUUCGUCAAGGAUCAAUUGGAAAAUGGGAUCCGGCCAACAGUACCAUUCAUUAUAUACAAGGAAAGAAUAACACAUUUUGUUAUUCUUAUGAUAUCUUUAGUAGCUUUUUCCAUCAUAAGAAAUUAUCUGAUAAAAAUUGCCAAGCUUUGAUCAUAAGUGGCGACCAUGACAUGACAUUUCCAUAUGUUGGAGUGGAGCAAUGGAUAACUUCCCUUAAUCUUGCGGUUGAAGUCCCAUGGAAACCGUUUUAUGUUGAUGGUCAAGUCGGAGGAUAUGAAAUAAAAUAUGCACGGAAUGAGUAUUCAUUAGCAUUUGCAACAGUUAGAGGUGCAGGGCAUAUGGUACCAACUAACAAGCCUAAAGAAACUCUUGCAUUGACGCGGAGAUGGUUUUCUUCAAAACCUUAUUCAAGCGAUCGUUAAAAUAAGUUAAGAUGGCAUUUGGGAUGUGAUGAAUUAUGAAAACUAUGUGAUAUGAUCCCCUCUAAGGAUUGAAUCCAUAAAAAUGAUAUAUUCGUCAUUGAAUAUGAAUAUGUUUAUGUAAGUUUUGAUUGUAAUAAUGAGCAUUACGAUCGAUUUAAGCUCAA